AUGACUCUUCUUCAGUCUUUCAAUGCCUUGGUACUUUGGCUUUCACUGCUGAUAGUAACAAGUUCAGUUAACACAGAUAAACCUGAAAAGAAAAUUUAUUCCUGCCCUGUAAUUCAGUGCAGUGCUCCUGCAGUCAAUGGCUUACCAGGCAGAGGUGGAAGAGAUGGUUCUAAAGGUGAAAGGGAAAACCAGGGGGAAGAAUCAAGAGGUCUACAGGGUUUCUGUGGAAAGGCAGGACCUCUGGGAAUAAAAGGAAAUUUAGGACCACAAGGAGAGAAAGGGGAAAAAGGAGAACGUGAAAUUGUAGUAACCCAUGACCUGCAGAGACAAGUAACUGCUUUGGAAACAAAAGCACAGGUCUUGGAGACUGAACUGAAUUGAUACAAAAAAGCUUUGAUUUUAAAGAACAUCAAGAAUAUUGGGAAAAAAAUAUUUGUUUCAACUGGAAAAGAAGAUACUUUAGACAAUGGAAAAUCCCUCUGUGCAAAAGCUGGAAGUGCUUGCCUUGCCUCUCCUAAGAAUGAGGCUGAGAAUACAGCCUCUUUAAAAGACUUAAUAACACCUUCAAAGCAGGCUUAUAUGGGGAUAUGUGACGAACAGACUGAAGGCAGGUUCAUGUAUCUGAAUGGAGGAGCUGUAAUUUACAGAAACUGGAAUGCUGGAGAACCAGAUAAUCUAAAAAAAGAAGACUGUGCGGUAAUACAAGACUCUGGAAAAUGGAAUGACAUUAAUUAUUCAGAUCCAUGUGCCUUAAUUAUUUGUGAUUUCUUGAGCUGA